AGAAAACCCUCUCACUCAAUCUCACUCGUGUUAGUAGGCGCUCCUUCCAUUCUGUAACCCUCUGCAGUCUGCUCCCUCCCCAACCGCCCUCUCUCACGCACAUACAGUUCAAGAAUCUGUAGGCGUCGUUCUUUUUUUGAAUCGGCGGAAAACCCUAGCGGUAGCGACGAGAUGGGGCAGAUCCAGUACUCUGAGAAGUAUUUCGAUGACACUUACGAGUACAGGCAUGUGGUGCUUCCUCCUGAGGUGGCCAAACUGCUCCCCAAGAAUCGCCUUCUCUCUGAGAAUGAAUGGCGCGCAAUUGGUGUUCAGCAGAGCCGUGGAUGGGUUCACUACGCCAUCCAUCGACCCGAGCCACACAUCAUGUUGUUCAGGAGGCCUCUCAACUACCAGCAGCAGCAGGAGGCUCAAGCCCAGCAGACCAUGGUUGCCUAAACCCAAAGAGCAACUGUGCAGUUCCAACAUCUGAUGCAGCUACAUACUACUACUGAAGCAUUAUAUAGUCUCUCUCUCUGUGUCAUGGUUUAUUCUCCGUGUAAACCAUCCUAAUGAACUAAGGAUUUAUGGACUCUUCGUCUUGUCAAUUCUGUCCAGUGGAUGGAUGUUAAUGUUUUUCGCUGCAUUUGUGGUUUCCUGCUUCGUGUUAGUAUCUUCUGUUAAGGUCGUGAAUGUAUUGUUGAAUUCGGAUAAUAUGGUUUAGUAGGUUUUCCGUCUUAGUGCCUGCAUUUGUGGUUCUAGAUGUUAAUUCUUAUUUGCUUUUAGCUGUGUUGACAUUGACGAUUCUAAAGGUUCUGGUG